AUGCUCGACGAUAGGUUAUAUCUUAGAAUUAUGAACGUCUUCACCGUUUUUCAAACUCUCACCAUCAUAAUAACAUUCUACUUUUUCCUCCGACGAGGAGAAUCUGUCAUGUCGAAGACCUUAAAUCGCAUUCUCUUCAUUCAUUUAAUACUUUGUUCGUUUUCGGGACUUUGGAUGGUGAUGGUUUCUCGACCACUUCCAAUCCUUCCAUGUUUGGCGUUUUACUCUGCCGGACCUCUAACUUAUAACUUCAAUAUCUCCAGUAUAGAAGUCAUUUCAUUCCUAUUGGUUAGUAUAGCAGCAGAGUCAGCAGUCGUGGUCUGUCUUCUGCUGUGGCAAUGCCUAGCUGUUCUGGUCCAGAUUUCCUCUCGGAGGAAGUAUUAUUUGAGGCUUAUUUUUUUUGUCCACACUUUUAUGCUUAUAUUCGUAACUGCUGCUAUAUUCCCCAUGUUCAAAUUCUUCCCAUACCCUGUACAACCGUGUCUCAAGGCUGCUGGAAUCACUCGUCCAGAUAAAGCCCAAUUGGGAGCUUUCGUGGUGGAUGUGAAAGACGUAAGAACACAAAUCGUUCUCUUCACUUACGUAGAAGGUUUAUUAUACUUCGGUGGGUGCAGUAUCGGCUCCUGCAUAAUGUUAAUUCGUAAACUUAAUGAGAAGCGUGAAGUUGUCAGCCAAGCGAAUACUUCAAAUCAGAAAGCCAUAACAGUAACAGUCCUAGGACUAGCUUCAGUGCAGACUGUCUUCGCGUUGGUACCGGUAGCCAUCUUCCUUAUAGAGUACCUAUGCGAGCUGUAUGACGAAAUUGCUAUCAAGAUGUCCAUACUGUUGUUCGCUUUCGGUCAGAUAGUAGAACCGUUAGCUCUGCUUUUCACUCUGAAGACCUUUAGGAGAACGUUAUCUAAGUGGUUCCGAUUAAGAAAGAAGGUAUCUGCUACACGUUCGGUUAAUACAGCAACCAUCAUUUCGAUGAUCAAAGUAAGAUAG